UCAAUAUGCUGGAUAUCUGCCGACUUUGUGGAUGUACCGUGACUGUUUUCGUUUUUCUUCCAGUGUAAAAUUGGGAUAUGGCACUUUAAAACGCAUUAGACUCUGUUGGGAAUUUUCUAGCUGGAAAUUUUUUAUUUUUUUUCCCCUAUCUCCUUGUGAGCGUUGAUUUAACAACAGGGAAUUUCCUCGUCAGUUUGCACUUGUUUCUUUGGAUCUUAAAGUAGGUUUCAGGCUCACGAAAUACGGCCAAAUUUUUAUGUCUAAAUGUGUCAAACGUGUCAUUAGAAACGCCGGAAGAGUUGACCAUCUCUUUUGGAUGGAGUUUCAGUCUUGACGUCUUGGAGAGCGUGGAUGCAUAUACAGCCUUGGUGAAUGUUUUGAAUCGUUUUUUACUCUUCAACGGUUGGAUUACCUAUUUCUGAAAUGAAUGUUAUGCUACAUUUCUUUCAGGUUGGAUCUCCCUGUUUGUUUCGGGAAUUUUAACUGGGUGCUUUUAAUCUAACUACUGUUCAAAUCAGACGCUGAAAUCUUUCUCGUGUAUUUUGACAAACCACUCGGCUUAAUCCCCGAGUGAAAAAUACUGUGAUAUCUGUCUAUUUAUUUGUGCUUCGUUAAAGCCAGUUGACAGAUUUUGCACACCAUGGCUUUCUUGUCCGGUGCAGCGGUUCUGUUGCUGCGUGGACUCGUCAUCUCUGCGGUGUUGGUCUUAGAGAGUUCAUACACUAGUAAUCUGUCGAACCGAGUCACUCCGGAUUCAGCAGCAGCUGUUGCUCCUACAGAUCCAUGUCUGACAGUCAUCCCUCCAUGUGUGAACGAUGCCGACCGCUUCAGUUUAGAGGCACUGCGGCACAUUCACAAGCAACUAGACGAUGACAACGAUGGAGGGAUUGAAGUCAAUGAGAGCUUGGAGUUUAUUAUAGAGGAUAUGAAGCAGCAGCAGACCAAUAAACACAGCAAUCUUCACAGAGAGGACCAGCACAUCACAGUGGAAGAGCUGUGGAAGGGAUGGAAGAUGUCAGAAGUGCAUAACUGGACACUGGAGGAUGCAGUACAGUGGCUGAAAGAGUCAGUGGAGCUUCCUCAGUAUGAAAGAAACUUCAGAGAGUUUAAUGUAGACGGCAACACGCUACCUCGAAUAGCAGCCAAUGAACCGUCAUUUAUUUCAAUGCAGCUAAAGAUAUUAGACCAACGACAUAAACAGAAAUUAAAUCUAAAAGCGUUAGAUGCUGUCCUUUUUGGGCCUCCACAACGUCCUCACCAUAACUGGGUGAAAGACUUUGUUUUGAUGAUCUCUAUCAUCAUUGGUGUUGGGGGCUGCUGGUUUGCAUACAUACAGAACAAGUCGUCUAAAAUUCACGUCUCUCAGAUGAUGAGAGACCUGGAGAGUCUGCAGAAUGCUGAACUGAGCCUGAUAGAGCUACAGAGCCGGUUGGAAAAGGCUCAGGAGGAGAACCGGACAGUGGCAGUGGAGAAGCAGAACCUGGAGCAGAAGAUGCGUGAUGAGAUCAGUGGAGCUAAGAAAGAAGCCAGCAGACUGCGAGAGCUGCGAGAGGGGGCUGAAUGUGAACUCAGCAGACUGAAAUACGCAGAGGAGGAGCUAGUGCAGGUGCGAAUGGCUCUAAAGAGAGCAGAGAAGGAGAUGCAGUCUGAGUGGUCAGUGCCUGAAGCCUUGCAGAUGUGGCUACAGCUCACACAUGAAGUGGAAGUACAGUACUACAACAUCAAAAAACAGCACGCCGAGCUGCAGCUUUCGGUCGCAAAGGACGAGGCAGAAAAAAUCAAAAAGAAGAGGAACUCUGUGUUUGGCACCCUCCAUGUUGCUCACAGCUCAUCCCUGGAUGAAGUAGACCGCAAAAUACUUGAGGCUAAAAAAUCACUGUCAGAGGUCACAGCAUGUUUGCGGGAACGUCUUCAUCGCUGGCAGCAGAUAGAGAAGCUGUGUGGUUUUCCAUUGGUAAAUAACUCUGGGCUUCCCAGCCUCACUGCAUCGCUGUACGCUGACCACAGCUGGGUGGUCAUGCCACGGAUGUCUGUGCCACCCUAUCCAAUCGCUGGAGGGGUGGAUGAUCUUGACGAGGAUACGCCACCUACCAUUCCACAGUUCACCUCUCCAUUGAUUCGACCUGCUCUGACUCGAAACAGCAGUGUUUGUCGUUCUCGCAGAAGUCUUCUAGCUCAGCCCUCAUCCCUCUCAGCUGACCCUGACCUUUUAUCCAUGGCCUCUGCACACUUAGCCUACAGACCUGAAGGAGACGAUGAACACAUCUACUUUAAUGUAGAAAGGAAGGGGGAAACUCAGGACUCUUGCUCAGACUCUGACUCUCUCGGUUCCUCUUUGGGCAGGAAGCAGUUCUCCACUCCCUGUGCUCAAAGCACCCGUGUUACGGGCACGGACACCCCGCCACGCAAAAUCUCGCGAGAGGAACUUCUCCUCUUCACGCAAGAGGCCCAGGCUGUCGCUCUGGAGAGCAUAGCAUAUUCCAAAUCCUCCUCUUCAUCUCCUUUUGACUCCUCAGUUCACAAGGGGUCUCCUGACCUCACCCGCUCCUCCGUUCUCCCAGAGUCCCAAAGUUUGACUUUUCACCCUGGCACCAAAUCUGUGGCCUACAAUGGCAUCCCGGAAAAAUCAUACAGCUUGGGGCAGCUGCCAGCUUUUGGGACGCCUCCAGAGGGGCAGUAUCCCUCAAUUAGCUCACUCGACACAGAAGGCAAAGCUAUCAAGGAGCCCAAGAAACUCCAAACCACUUCAUCACCGGACUCCUGCGAUAAUGGGGAGAAAAAACGCUCCAAGAUCAAGAGCUUGUUUAAGAAAAGCAAAAAGUUGUGAGGAACAGUAGAGGAUGAAAUGGAUGGAAAAAGUAGCCUUAAAAAAAAAAACUAUGAAAAAAUAAUUGAUGCUUUCAACCAGGAGCCAAAACUUUUUUUUUUGGUUUCUUUCUUUCUUUUCUUUCUAUUUUUUUUAUUUUUAUUAUUUAAAUGGAAUCUAGGCACAAUCCUGGGUUGGAAGCCUUUUUACAGUAUGGUAAUUUGUUCUAACCAUCAUACUGAUGCCUUUAAAGUCCAGAACAUGUCAUGUCCGGUUUCUGCAUAACACGAGUUAUGACCUAUUUGUUGUCUUUAUUUGGGUGGAGUCUCUGUUUUCAUAGAGUGGACCCUUAUGAUGUCAUUAGGAGGUAGGGGAGACCGGGACUAGUUGUCACAGAUUUUACUCCAGUAAAUAUUUCUCAGGGUAGGUUUAUUUUUUUAACAGCUAUUGUAUAUUUACACAGUUAUUGCCCAGAAAAAAUAUACAGUUCAUUGAAUGAACACUGACCUUUUGUGACCCCCACCCCCCAUAUGUCAAUGGAAGCUGCCAUUAAAGAGGCUUUUCAGCAAAAUGUAAGAAUCAAAACAAUUAUGAAACACAAAUCAAAUAAUGAAACAGCUCAAAUUAAAAAGGUAACUAAAAUAUUGAAACAUUGUUUUUGUUCAACAGAUGUUGUAUCUAAUAAAUUAGAUACAUCAAUGCCAUUUAAAAUAUGUGACAACUUGCCCCAACCUUACAUUUAUGAACAAUUUCUUUAUCCUGAGAACACAAUUCAACCUUUAAGUUACAAUCUACCUUCAUUAUAUAGUUGAUCCUUGCCUGGAUGUAUAGUAUGAAUUUUUGAAAAUGAUUUAAUUUGAAUUUGAGUAUUUUGAACUGUUUAAAAACAAACAAAAAA